AUGAGAAGAUACUCUGUGAACACUAGUGAGAUACCUGUCAUUCAAGAGAAAUUCGAGAAGAGGCUUGGACCAGAAUGGCGUGAUCUCAGAAUUUAUGAAACCAUUAUACUGUCGACCCGCCUCAUUUCCUUUGAUGGUCCUCUAAUAACCGCGCUUGCGUGUUUUGGGGACAUAAGCUGCAAUGAUUUCCUACUUCCUGAAGGUCCUAUUGGGAUAAGAAUGGAGGACGUGUUGGCAAUCACCAGUUUUUCUUCUGUUAGCAUUGAGUUAUCCACGUUGGACACAAACCCACCCGACGCUAAGAAGACUUACCAAUGGACUGGGGUGCAAUGCGAGAAAAAACGUUCAAGGAAACGGCAAGGAGAGGAAUGGAACCCUUUUCUGAAGAGGCAAUAUGGAACCAAUUGGUUCCGCAAAUUCACCCUUCACCAGGAAGAAACUGAAGAUGAAAAUGAUGUUUAUUGUAAUUCUUCUUCAAUUUUCCUUGAACCUUGUUCUCCAAACCGAUUUACCAGGCAACUCGGACACCUCCAAUCAGUGCCAGUCCCUUUCUACCAAACUAUCGAUCAGCCUUGGCAUUCUGGAAAAGAAGUGAGUGUUUCUGUUCUUAAGCAUUCUGAGCAGGAAUAUUUGACCAGGAAAUCUGCCAUUUCACAAGUUAAACGAAUCCAUUAUUCCCCAUCUUCAAAUGCUGCCUUUGUUCUCAAAUUUGGAAUUGUUCCUGGAAGGUUCCUUGGGAAACGAGCCGGGGUGCAAUCACAGCGGUCACUGAGAGGCAGCAUACUUGUGGAUGUGGUUAAUGAAAGGGGCACAGCAAGAGUCGUCCCUCCAGACUAA